ACAACCCUGCAUUCUCUUGCAGAGCCUACGCUCGCUUUGGACCGUAACCUGCUUCCGAGAAUAGCUCCUCUGCUGCAAAACAGGCCUCCGCCGGCUUUUCAGAGCCCCAGGUUCGAGUGAAAGCCAAGGCCGGCCCAAAGGGAAGGGAAGGCAGGGAGGAAUCCGAGGCCGGAGGGGGUCCUUUUCCACUUUGAGGAAGGCCAGGGCCGGCAGCUGUGUUUGCCUUUGCGCAGUUUCGAAGAGCCAAGAGCCAAGAGCCAAGCGAUUGCGAAUCUCAGGAGGUUGUAAAGAGGGGGGGAAAUAGCAAACAAACCAAGGCUUGCAGAGUUUGCUGGGAAAGACAAAGUCACCUCUCCAGGAAGCAGCAGAGCGACCGAAAGAGUCGCUUGUGCAAAUGGCCGCUGGUCGCCAGUGGCCCUGGAGAAAAGCCGCAAGACAGACAGAAAGAGAGGAACUGUCCGAACUUGUCGGACGGCGGCUGGGCGAUCAGGGGAAGUUCGCCUAUGCGGCUCUCGCAUCCGUCUCCUUGGCCGCCUUGUUUCCUGCGCAAGAGGAAAGCUCUUAUAGGACAGGAGUGGUCCAAAGCCUGGUGCGAUGGCUGGACCUCUCAGACGCCGUUUUGCCCGCCAUGUUGGCGUUUGCGGGCGGUUUGGGGUCCGAAGGGACGGAGACCUUUGCCCAGAUCCUUUUGAAGGAGCCCCUCGUGAGGGAAAACCCCAGCGUCGUCACGCAGGACCUCGUCUCCUUUUCGCUCAAGGAUGGUUACUACGACGCGCGCGCCCGGGUCCUCCUUUCGCACGUCACCUGGCUCCUGAGGGUCCCUUUGGUGGCACUGGAGUCCUCCGAGGAAAGUCUCCUUGAAUGCCUGGAUGAAGAAAAGGAGGAGGAAUCAGAAACGGCGGAGGCGUCAAGGAAGAAAAAAGAGAAGAGGAAGAGGUUGAAGAGGUACCUCCUGAUAGGUUUGGCGACGGUCGGCGGCGGGACGGUGAUCGGUCUGACCGGAGGGCUGGCCGCUCCUCUAGUAGCCGCUGGGGCUGCCACAGUUAUUGGCAGCGCAGGGGCCGCCGCCUUGGGUUCGACAGCCGGGAUCGCCGUCAUGGCAUCGCUCUUUGGGGCCGCAGGAGCCGGACUCACCGGGUACAAGAUGAAGAAGCGAGUGGGAGCCAUUGAAGAGUUUGAGUUCCUGCCUUUGACGGAAGGGAAGCAGCUCCACAUCACCAUCGCCAUCACCGGCUGGCUUUCGACCGGCAAAUAUGGGAGUUUCACAGCCCCUUGGAGCAGCUUGCUCCAGUCCAAAGAGCAAUAUUGUCUAGCCUGGGAGUCCAAGUAUCUGAUGGAGCUGGGCAAUGCCCUCGACUCGUUGCUGAACGGACUGGUGAACAUGGUGGCACAGGAAGCUUUGAAAUAUACGGUCUUGGCAGGUAUCGUCACGGCCCUGACCUGGCCGGCUUCGCUCCUCACGGCCGCCAGCGUCAUCGAUAACCCUUGGGGCGUCUGCCUCCACCGUUCGGCUGAAGUCGGGAAACAGCUGGCUCAGAUACUCCUUGGACGGCACCAGGGCAGGCGUCCAGUGACUUUGAUCGGCUUCAGUCUUGGGGCCAGGGUCAUCUACUUCUGCCUCCAGGAGAUGGCCAAGGAGGAAGAUUGCAGAGGGAUCAUCGAAGACGUGGUUUUGCUGGGAGCGCCGGUCGAAGGGGAAGCCAAGCAUUGGAAACCUUUGGCCAAAGUCGUCUCCGGAAGGAUUAUCAACGGCUUCUGCAGGGGAGAUUGGCUGCUGAGCUUUGUCUACCGGACGUCCUCCGUCCAGCUCAACGUGGCCGGACUCCAGCCGGUCGAUCUGGAUGACCGGAGGAUGGUCAACGUGGAUCUCUCCUCCGUGGUGAGCGGCCACCUGGACUACAUGAAGCAGAUGGACACCAUCCUGAAGGCCGUGGGCAUCAAGACCAAGGAGUGCCGCCUGGAAGAAAGGGGGAACCUCGCCAACUUCCCCGCGACACAAGACGCGGCAACGUCGCGUGAUGAGACGCAGGAGGAGCAAAGCGUUCUGGGUGCGGAAAAGGCGGAUGGUGACCGUGCCAAAGUUGGCAUCAAUGGGACCGAUGAGGGUGAUGACCGCUGGUCCUGGGAACCAGUUUCUAAGGAUGGAUUGUGCCCAGAAGAUGCCAAAGAGAGCGAUACCCUUCAUGCCAAGAGGGACCACAGCCCUACAGACCGAAAGGGACCCCCUUCCAUCGAUGUUUCACAUUCCCUCGAACUUUCUGAAAUGAAUGGCCCGGGUAUCUCUUCCACAGACACCCCAUCGCCAGCUCUUAGAUAGCACCGGAAGGGACUCGGCACAAUGGUUAUUGUAGUCUUUGCACUGAGUCUUCCACAUAUUCCUUGCUAGGGGACUAAGGACACCUUUGUG